AUGGAAACUGUAGAGGUUGUGAGUCCAGAAAGUGGUCUUGGAAAAAGCAACCGCUUCCACAUAUUGGCCUGGCUCAAUAACCUGUUGAAAACCAGCUUCAAAAAUGUGGAGGAGACAAGCUCAGGUGCAUGUCACUGUCAGAUCAUGGACUGUGUCAUGCCCGGCUCUGUUGACAUGAGCAAGGUGAAGUUCCAGGCAGAAAGUGUGGAAGAUUAUGAACACAACUUCAAUCUCCUCCAAGAGGCUUUUAAUAAGAGAAGCAUCACCAAGAUCAUUCCAGUUAAGGAGCUGAUAGAAAAUGACUUCAAGUGCACAUUGGGUUUCUUGAAGUGGUUCAAAGUUUUCUUCUCUACAAAUGUGAAAGAUGAGGAAUACGACCCUUUAAAAGCUCGUAACGGCCAAGACAUCAGCCCCGUUGUGUUUCACCCAUUGUCAGAGAACUGGAAACUGGAAGUAGACAUGGGGAAGGAUGGCACUAUAAUGAACAGGAAACCUGUCUGUUAUGACGAUAAGUGGAAGGAAACUUAUGACUGGGUCGAGCCUAGCACUUUGGGAGAGCUCUAUACCUACUGCCGUGUGUGUGACGUAAACCUGAACACGUUUCAUACAGGUCUUUUCGACCUCAAACGGCACGUGGAAACAAAUAAACAUAGGAAAAAAUACAGACUGGCCCAGCAGGCCAACCUCAAAAGUGGAAAUGAAAAACCACCGCCCUGCAGUGAGGCAGCUAUUCAGUUCAUUCACAAACACUGUUACUCCGGCUCUGCUGGUGCUGAUCAGGUGUCAAGCCAUUUUGCACGCUAUAUGCUGGGCUUGCAGUACCCCAAAGAUAUUGUAUCUGUUUGCCAGCACACUCCCUUCUGUGUGUACAUUUAUGGAGGGGUAGCACUUGGAGAGAAUGACACUGUGUCUGUGAUCCUCAUUGGGUUUUUUGAUGUAAAAGCCUCCAGGCACUGCAUCAGGCUUCUGGAUGCCCUUCAGUCUCCGGCGGGUGAUGCAGGCGAUCAAACAGCUGCAGCAGUUGUGGAUACCUUGAAGAAAUUUGGGUUUCCAGCAGCUAAUCUUGCUGCCUUUUACUUAGACGGUACCGGAACAGCAUCAGAGCAGAUCUGCUCGCAGCUCAGGGAGCUCAAUCCAAACAUAGUAGCCUUAGGUGGACUGUAUGGGCUGGCUGAUGCAGCUUGCCGUGCUGGGGUUAUGGAACUCUCCAAUCAGGCCCAAGAGAUGAUUGUAGACAUCCAUGCCCACUACACUUCCUGCUCCACCAAGGAUGACAACCUCAAGGCCCUUUUUGGCUGUGAUAGUGAUAUAGAUAGUCAGUCAUUUCAUCUCAACACCAGCUGCCUUAACUUUUGCCAGUUAGUCAAAAAAAUCCUGGGAAUGUGGACAGAUCUCACAUCGUAUUUUAGCACUUGUGACAAGGACGAUGACAAAGCUAAGUUAAUCUGCUCCCAGCUGCAGGAUCCCAAGCUCAGGGCAACAUUUAUGUUCCUGGAUCAGACCAUGAAGCCCCUUCAGGCUUUCCAAAAUCAUCUACAGACACAGGAGGGAGCUGCCCGGGCCGACUUAGUGCACAUCUUAGAGGAAGCUAGUGCCCUGCUGCACGCCUAUGCUUCCAGCUUCCUCCAUCCCCAGGCCAUCGGAUGCUUCCUCAAAGAGCGUGACUCACAAAUCCUCAAAAACAAGAAAUUUCACCUGUCAGGAGCGGAGCUUAGUCUUGGUGGGUCAGCUGUGGAAGACUUCCUGAAAGAGUGUGAGGCUGCAGAAGCAUUGCCACUUUUGCAAGAUGAAGUCUUGUCUUUCUACGUGGCGCUCACCAGCAGCAUUGCAGAGGAGCUGCCUCUGACUGACGGGCUCCUAAAGAGCAUGGCUCAGCUCCUGAGCCCCCAGAGCAGGCUGAAAGUGACAGGGAAUGCAGUAGGGGAGCUUGGAACUAAAUUGGGCAUCUGUAGCUCUCCUGAGGAGGUCAACCAGCUCACUGCUCAGUUCCUUGAGUACCAGCUGGCUGAGGAGGGAGAGAGGGAAAAGGAAGAGAAGGAGAAGUCAGCGCUGGUUUCGCUGGAGAAACAUUGGGCCGGUGUGUUGGAGGACACAGAGCCGACCUCCAUGCUCAGGAAACUUGUGUUGACCCUGCUGUCCCUCCCCUGCCCUCCUCUUGGCGCUCAGCAGGUCUUUACUAAGGCCCUAGAGAACGGGGAUGCCGCUCUGUUCUCUGACGGUGACGGUGACGGUGACGUUACGACAGAGAGCGAGCAGGAGUCUGUCCACGAUGUUGAGAUGAACAGCGACAGCGCGCUCUCUGACUGCACCAGCAACAAGGACUCACUGAUCAACACUGACAACAAGGAGAAAACCGAUAAUGGCGUAUAUGAUAUAAAUCUCCUUAAUGGUCAGAUAAAGUCAUGUGCCGUCCGCCUUACAAAGAUAACUGGGUUCAAGAAUGAGCUUGAUGAAGGGAAUUUGAAAGAGGGGACCAUUAGGGGAGGUUAUGGCUGGGAGAGCAGCUUGCGCCAGAAGCCACAAGCCCGCACAGUGUUUCAGGCUGGUGCUGGCACCUGGGACAGGCCUGUAGGUGCUGAUAACAACAGCAAAAAGGGUCCGCAGUCCCAAGACGAGUUGGGAAAAGACACUUCACCAGCCAGGAAGACCACACUGAGCCCCCGGAUAGCAAGACGGGCUCUUGCUUACCAGGAUGGUAAGGGCUUUCUGACAGGAGAACUGGUGUGGGGGAAGGUGAAGGGAUUCUCCUGGUGGCCUGGGAUGGUCAUGCCCUGGAAGACCAAGUUAGCACCCCCUGCGAUGCGGAGGGUGGAGUGGUUUGGCGACGGCAUGUUCUCAGAGAUCUAUACAAACGGGCUGCUGCCCUUCAGUGCCUUUCAGAAGUGCUUCUGCAAAAAUUCCUAUGCCAGCUUGCCCACCUACAAGGAUGCCAUCUACCAGAUCAUCGAGUUGGCAGGUGAGCGAUGUGGGAAGUCUUUCACUGAGGCAGCAGGGAAUAAAGAAGAGGAGCUGAAGUUGAUGCUGGACUGGGCUUUUGGAGGAUUCCUGCCCACUGGACCUGAUGGAUUCACACCUCCUAACAGCACAUCGAAGACUGAUUCUUCAGACUCGGCCCUGUCAGACUAUCAGCCGCCAGCAAAAAGGAAAUACGUCCACAAAGCCAAAGUACUCAAUGAAACAGUCUCCUACAACAGAGAAUCAAUGAUAAAAACCAUCUCGGAGAAAGGCAAAAAGAUUGAAGAUUUUUGUUUGUCUUGUGGAUCGUCUGAGACAGAAGUGCACCACCCGCUGUUUGAGGGGAGUCUUUGCCUGAAAUGCAAGGAGAACUUCAUCGAGACGCUGUAUCGAUACGAUGAAGAUGGCUACCAGUCGUAUUGCACCGUGUGCUGUGCAGGCUUAGAGGUCAUUCUGUGUGGCAACGCCAGCUGCUGCAGAUGUUUCUGUAAGGACUGUCUGGACAUCCUGGUGGGCCCAGCCACCUUCGAGAAACUGAAAGACGUCGAUCCUUGGAGCUGCUUCAUCUGCCUGCCGUCCCAGUGCAAUGGAAACCUCAAACUGAGGCCUGACUGGAGCAUUAAGGUCCAGGAGUUCUUUGUCAACAACAGUGCAAUGGAGUUUGAGCCACACAGAGUGUACCCCUCCAUCCCUGCACAUCAACGUAGACCACUCAAAGUGCUUUCCCUCUUUGACGGCAUCGCCACAGGAUACCUGGUGCUCAAAGACCUGGGCUUCAAGAUCGAGCGCUACAUCGCGUCAGAGAUCUGCGAGGAUUCGAUCGCUGUGGGAAUGAUCAAACACGAGGGGAAGAUAGAGUACGUCAACGAUGUGCGCACCAUCACCAGGAAACAUCUGGCUGAAUGGGGUCCAUUUGACCUUCUGAUUGGAGGCAGUCCAUGCAACGAUCUGUCCAUGGUCAAUCCUGCCCGGAAAGGAUUAUUUGAGGGCACUGGAAGGCUCUUUUUUGAGUUUUACCGCAUGUUGACCAUGAUGAGGCCGAGGGAAGACGACGACCGUCCGUUCUUCUGGUUGUUUGAGAACGUGGUGUUCAUGAGUGCCAAUGACAAGAACGAUAUCUGCAGAUUCCUUGAGUGCAAUCCAAUUCUCAUCGAUGCAGUGAGAGUCAGUCCCGCUCACAGAGCUCGCUACUUUUGGGGAAACCUGCCUGGCAUGAACAGGCCUCUUGCUACAGCUCUAGAUGACAAAGUGAGCCUGCAGGAUUGCUUGGAAGUUGGGCGUGUAGCAACGUUUGACAAAGUCCGCACCAUCACAACCAAGUCGAACUCCAUAAGACAGGGGAAGAUGGGGCCGCUGCCUGUCAACAUGAAUGGGAAGGAGGACUACUUAUGGUGCACUGAAAUCGAACAGAUUUUCGGUUUCCCCAAACACUACACGGAUGUGAACAACAUGGGUCGGGGCCAGAGGCAGAAAGUCCUGGGUCGCUCCUGGAGUGUCCCGGUCAUCCGGCACCUCUUCGCCCCGCUCAAGGAUUAUUUUGAAUGUGAAUAGGGACGUGGAGCCAAGUCC